UCUGUGCUGUCGUGCUGGCUUGCUUUCUUGCAUUCUUAUCCCGCAAUGCUGACUGAACGUUUUUGUGUCCCUCGUCUAAACGCAGGAUUAGCGUACUCAUCUGAUCUGGCUCAGUCUUUAUAUUAAUCUUGAACAAUCACAUUUUAGCAUUUCCAUCUUUGCUUAUUUUCCCAGUAAUGUUUUAAGUGUGUUGUAUUCUAUGCAUGCCAUUUAUGUAUUUAACCCAGACAACUAACCUUAACUACAGGGCCCUGUGGCAGUUCAGAAACAUGAUCCUCUGCACUGUGCCUGAUAGCUGGCCCAUCCUUGACUAUGCGGACUACGGCUGCUACUGUGGCAAGGGAGGCUCUGGUACCCCUGUGGACGAACUGGAAAGGUGCUGUGAGGUCCAUGACCUGUGCUACUCUGAUGCCAUGCAGCAUGAUGAAUGUUGGCCCAUCAUUGACAACCCUUACACUGAAUCCUAUGCCUACGACUGUGACGAGAACCUCAGAAAGGUCACUUGCAAGAGCAACAAUGACGCCUGUGAGAUGUUCAUCUGCGAGUGUGACAGGAAGGCUGCGGACUGUUUCGCCAGGAGCCCCUGGAACCCUGAGCACGAGCACCUUCCCAGUAGCAGUUGCCAUUAAGGUCCACAGAGGAACCUGCUUUUUCUGUAUAGACCCAGAAUCACCACACAACAUCGUUCAGAUAGCUCCUUCAGUGCAAUGUAUGACUUGUUGAAUUGCUUUCCCCUGCUAAAACCACCACAUAUUUUCAAGUCGUGACUCAUGCAAUGCAUUUUGAGUUUAAUCUAUCUGGUUGUCACCUGUUGGUGUUCACUGUCUGUCGUUUCCUAUAUCUGGUUGUGACCUACAUGCCAGUCAUUCUAUGAAUCACCUCCAGUUUUACUCUGGGAUUUAUUUAUCUUUUAGACAGUGUGGAAGAUAAACUGAGUAACAGAUGAAACUGAAUAAACAGAUUGAGAAACUCACAACAGUGUCACUGAAUCUCUCUCUAUUUAGAUAGAGAGAGAUUCAGAAGUUAAGAAAGAGGGAGGCAAGGAGAUUAUAAUU